CCCUUGGCGAGGCGCAGCCGCGUUGGAAGCUACGCAGGAAGAGGCUCAGCUUCGCGUGCGCAUGCGCCGCCUCCUUCCCGCCGCCGACGCCGGAGGUCAGGUCGGACGGGGAGGGGAGGCCUCGGGCCUGGCGCGCCUGCGCACUGCGCUCCCUCAGUCAGGCGGGACGGCGGUGGCGACGGCGGCUCUGCGGACGGGCCCGAUGGCAGAGAGCGCGAGCCAGGCUAUUUUCUAACAGAACAAGAGCAGUGUCUGUCGCUAUGCAGACUUCAGAUCAUAAGGACGACAACAGUAACUUGAAAAGCGAGAACAUGGGCAAGGACACUGAAGCCAGGAGUGAGCAACCAGCUGACUUCAGCACAGAGAUCAUGAGUGUCACAGAGAUGGAGCAGUCCCCUGACAACUCUCCUGGUGACAGUGCCCAGGAAGAGACUACCCAGGACAGUGAAAUGCCGGGCGAUGAAACCACAAAGUCUGAUGAUCCUGAGCUUUCAUUCCCUCCUGAGUUUGAAAAGUUCUGGAAGGUGGUUGAAACUAACCCACAAGAUUUCACAGGCUGGGUCUAUCUCCUGCAGUAUGUAGAGCAAGAGAACCAGCUGCCAGCUGCCAGAAAAGCCUUUGACAGUUUUUUCGCACACUACCCAUAUUGUUACGGCUAUUGGAAAAAAUAUGCGGACCUUGAGAAGCGGCACGGCGACAUGAAGCAGUCAGACGAGGUGUAUCGAAGGGGACUCCAGGCAAUACCUCUUAGUGUUGAUUUGUGGAUCCAUUACAUAAACUUCCUCAAAGAGACGCUGGAUCCCAGUGAGCCUGAAACUGUUGGGACCAUUAGGGGGACCUAUGAACAUGCAGUCUUAGCAGCAGGGACAGAUUUCCGCUCUGACAAACUUUGGGAAAUGUAUAUAAACUGGGAAAACGAACAAGGUAACCUGAGAGCGGUGACUGCUGUAUUUGACCGCAUUCUUGGGAUUCCAACCCAGCUGUACAGCCAUCAUUUCCAAAGAUUCAAAGAGCACGUCCAGAAUAAUCUCCCCCGGGACCUUCUUUCUACAGAACAAUUUAUUCAGCUGCGCAGGGAACUGGCUUCUUCUGCCAAUAGCCACAAUGGGGAGGAUGCACCCCCUGGAGACGACCUCCCUUCCGGGAUUGAAGAUAUAACUGAUCCUGCUAAGCUAAUCACUGAAAUAGAAAACAUGCGACAUAGAAUCAUCGAGAUUCAUCAAGAAAUGUUCAAUCAUAAUGAGCAUGAAGUCAGCAAGAGGUGGACCUUUGAAGAAGGGAUAAAACGGCCUUAUUUUCACGUUAAGCCUCUGGAGAAGACCCAGCUGAAGAAUUGGAAGGAGUACUUGGACUUUGAGAUUGAGAAUGGGACUCAUGAACGAGUGGUGGUCCUCUUUGAGCGCUGCGUGAUCUCCUGUGCCCUCUAUGAGGAGUUUUGGAUCAAGUAUGCCAAGUACAUGGAGAACCACAGCAUUGAAGGAGUGAGGCACGUCUACAGCCGAGCCUGCACAAUACACCUCUCCAAGAAGCCGAUGGUGCACUUGCUCUGGGCAGCUUUUGAAGAGCAGCAAGGGAAUAUCAAUGAAGCCCGAAGAAUUCUGAAGACCUUUGAGGAGAACGUUUCGGGUCUGGCCAUGAUUCGUUUGCGGAGAGUUAGUUUGGAACGGAGGCACGGGAACAUGGAGGAAGCAGAGCACCUGCUCCAGGAAGCCGUGAAGAAUGCCAAGUCGAGCUAUGAAGCUUCCUUCUUUGCUGUGAAGCUCGCUCGGCACCUUUUCAAAAUCCAGAAGAACCUCCCAAAAGCCAGGAAAGUUCUGUUGGAGGCCAUCGAUAGAGACCAGGAUAACCCAAAACUGUAUCUCAACUUGCUGGAAAUAGAAUACAACGGAGACCUUAAGCAGAAUGAAGAGAACAUCAUUGCAUGUUUUGACAAAGCGAUCAGUGGCACCUUGGCUAUAAAAGUGAGGAUCAUAUUUUCCCAGCGAAAAGUGGAAUUCCUUGAAGAUUUUGGCCUGGAUGUGAACAAGCUUCUGGAUGCCUACGAAGAACAUCAAGCCCUUCUGAAGGAACAAGAGUGCUUGAAGAGGAAAGCAGAAAAUGGUUGUGAAGAGCCAGAUGAGAAGCGAGCCCACGGUGAUGAGGCAGCUCUUGCGUCUGGGCAAAUGACGGACGGAGACAUGCAAGCAAAUCAGGCUGCCUACAAUUACAAUGCUUGGUACCAGUACAACUACCCAAAUGCAUGGAAUUAUGGACAAUACUAUCAGUCCUCUUCAACCUGAGCAGAACAAUUUGAACAGAAACAGGGUGUGGACGUUUUUUUUUUUUUUAAAAAAGGGAUGUGAACAAACAGUCUUGUGAUACUUUGUCUUUUCUGCAUGUUCAAUGAGCUGAUGUCCACAGGGUUCUUGUGACAAACUCAUGUAUUGAUAUCUUGCUGUAUACUUACCAGGAUUUCAUCUUUCCUGCUACUAGAAUUAUCAAGAAAUUACAUGGAUGUCAACUGAAAUGGUCACUCCCUUUGGGAAUGUUGACUCACACAUCCAUCACAUAAUGCUGGCCAAAGUUAGCUGCCAGCAAUGAUAAUGAAGGGAGCUAGAAUAGCUUGACCCCACUCAAUAACGCUCCUCUUGAGUUUCCUGCUCUUGUCCUCAAACACUUUCAAAACCAUAUCCUCAUCCAGGUCCAUUUUGGCUUUGAGUUUACAAUUGCAGUAUCCAAAAACAUAGAUUUUUAUAUAUAUAUAUAUAUUAAAUGGUGGGACUGCAUAAUGUUGAAAGGACAUCUCUUUGGAUUUAAAAAAAAUGUGACAAAUGAAGUGUAUUGCUAGAACCAUGCUGUGUUUGGGGUGGGUUUUGUAUUGAAUUUUCAUGUACGAGUUUAGAAAUGUUUGUUUAAAAUGUCUUUUUUUAAUAAAAUGGUGUAAAUGGAA